UUAAUAUUGCUGUGACAUAAAUACGAGUGAGCGCUUUUUUAACACUGCAGUGACGCUCUACACAAAUCGCUCAUUUUUUAAAUUUAUACAAGAAAUAUUUUCAGCAAUGAAGGAAAACAUUUGAAGUGUCUUAAGGCUGGUGUAAUGUAACAGGCUAAUUACUAACGUUAGUUCACCUCUGUUGUUAGCAACAGGUUGUUAGCGUAGCUGUGAUGGUGUAGCGAGCUGUGUGUUUCAGGCUGUGUGUUACAGGUAGUGUGUGUUUCAGGCUGUGUGUUACAGGUAGUGUGUGUUACAGGUAGUGUGUGUUUCAGGCUGUGUGUUACAGGUAGUGUGUGUUUCAGGCUGUGUGUUACAGGUAGUGUGUGUUUCAGGCUGUGUGUUACAGGUAGUGUGUGUUACAGGUAGUGUGUGUUUCAGGUAGUGUGUGUUUCAGGCUGUGUGUUACAGGUAGUGUGUGUUUCAGGCUGUGUGUUACAGGUAGUGUGUGUUACAGGUAGUGUGUGUUACAGGUAGUGUGUGUUUCAGGCUGUGUGUUACAGGUAGUGUGUGUUUCAGGCUGUGUGUUACAGGUAGUGUGUGUUUCAGGCAGUGUGUUACAGGUUGUGAGUUACAGGCAGUGUGUGUGUGUUACAGGCAGUGUGUGUGUGUGUUUUAGGCUGUGUGUGUUACAGGCAGUGUGUGGGUUACAAGCACUGUGUUACAGGCAGUGUGUGUGUUACAGGCAGUGUGUGUUACAGGCACUGUGUUACAGGCUGUGCAUGAGUUACAGGUUGUGUGUUACAGGCACUGUGUGUGUGUUACAGGCACUGUGUGUGUUACAGGCACUGUGUUACAGGUUGUGAGUUACAGCCAGUGUGUGUGUUACAGGCAGUGUGUGUGUGUUACAGGCUGUGUGCCUCAGGCAGUGUGUGUGUGUGUUACAGGCAGUGUGUGUGGGUUACAGGCUGUGUGCCUCAGGCAGUGUGUGUGUGUUACAGGUAGUGUGUGUGAGUUACAGGCUGUGUGCAUCAGGCAGUGUGUGUGUGUAUGUUACAGGCAGUGUGUGGGUUACAGGCUGUGUGCUUCAGGCAGUGUGUGUGCUUCAAGCUGUGAUCAUGCAGACUAUUCAGAUCGCCAAUAAAGAAGACGGAAAAUUAUGGCACCGCAAACCAGUGCCAUCAAAUAAUGGGGUGCUGCUGACGAUAAUUCGCAGCGCAGCUGGCUACCAAAGUAAGACAGUUCGUUUCCUCCAAGUGGCAUUUGACACUACUGGAGAGGCAUUUCUUGCUGGUGAUCACCAUGGGAAUAUCUAUGUAUUUGAUAUUAGCAGAAACAGAUUUAAACUGGUACAGAAAACAGGACAAGCAUGCACAGCCCUGGCUUUCAACCUGCGCAGAACGACAGAGUAUCUGGUUGCCCUUUCUGAUUAUUCCAUCAAGUGCUACGACAAAGAGACCAAACAGUUGGUGAGCUGGAUGAGGGGUCACGAGGGUGCCGUGUCUUCUCUGUCAGUCCAUGGUUCAGGGCGCUAUGCCAUCAGCACCUCCUCGGACACGGCUCAGCUCUGGGACUUGGACACGUUUCAGAGGAAGAGGAAACUCAAUGUGCGCCACUCUGUGGGAAUACAAAAGGUGUUUUUUCUCCCACUGGGUAACACCAUUCUGAGCUGUUUUACCGACGACUCUAUCUUUGCUUGGGAAAGUGACACGCUGUUUUGCAAAUAUCAGCUACCAGUUCCACAGGAUGGACCACGGAUACACUACAAGGCAUUUGCUGUCACACAAGAUGGAAAGACACUGGCUGCAGCUGGGCGCUCAAACCUUAUUCAUUUGUGGAGGUUGGACAGUCGACAGCUCUUAAGAAUAAUACAGAUGCCACAAGAAGUGCGGACUGUGAGGCACCUCGAUUUCCUGCCAGACAGUUUUGAUGGAGGAUCCAGCCAGAUCCUUGGUGUUUUGAGCCAAGAUGGCCUCAUGCGUUUUAUCGACAUCCAGACCUGCAAGCAGCUCUUUGAAAUCGGCUCUCAUGAUGAUGCUGUUAACUCGGCUGCUGUUUGUCCUAAAGGCCGCCACAUUGUAGCAUUGAUGGACUGUGGUGCUCUGAGAGUAUACAGCGUGCAGGCUCUCACUCAAGAAAUCAACAAGCCUCCACAGUCGUUGGUGAAAAUGAUAACUGCAGGCAAGAAAACUGACACUUCCUGCUUAAAGAUGAAGGUGCACGCUGGAGCUGUGCUUCGCCCGGCCAAACCGUCUGCACGCAAACUGCGUACCAAAACUCUGCGGCCCCCAGCUGUUUCCACACUGGAGAACAAAGAGAAUGGUUUGCCAGGUGGCCUUAAUAAGAAGCAACUUCAGGCAUUACUCAGAACGUAUGGAGAGUAUCCAGCUAAGUACAGGAUGUUCAUUUGGCGUUCUCUGCUGCAGCUUCCUGAGAAUCAUGCUGUAUUCAGCAGUCUAACGGAUAAAGGCCUGCACUCUGCUUAUAUGUGUCUGCAUGAGCGCUACCCAAUCAAGAGCCACAAACUGCAGAGAGGACUGCAGAGGGUCCUGUCUGCCCUGGCUCACUGGUCAGCCAUCUUUGGAGAAGCAGAGUAUCUCCCGCUGCUGGCGUUUCCGUUUGUCAAGCUCUUUCAGAACAAUCCUCUCAUUUGCUUCGAAGUUGUGGCUACUGUCAUUGUCAACUGGUGCCAACAUUGGUUCGAGUACUUCCCCAACCCCCCGCUGAACAUUCUAAGCGUGGUAGAGAACGUACUCGCUCAUCAUGAUAAAGAGCUGCUGCGCCAUUUUGUCGACUGUGGUGUCACUUCCCAGCUAUAUGUGUGGCCUCUACUAGAAACCCUGUUCUCUGAGGUGCUGACCAGAGAUGAAUGGUUGAAGCUGUUUGAUAAUGUUUUCUCCAAUCAUCCUUCAUUCCUCCUGAUGUCUGUGGUGGCCUACGUGACCUGCUGCAGAGCGCCAUUACUCCUCUGCACUCACAGGGAUGACUUUGAGUACUUUUUCCAUCAUCGGAACAAUAUAGACAUGAGCGCUAUGCUAAAGGAGACGUAUCGGUUGAUGGAGCUGACCCCAGCAGAACUGCACCCGCACUCCAUGCUGAAUGAUUUUGAACCUUUGACACCCGGUCAGUAUCCAAUCUUCAACAAGUAUCCCACGUUCAUAGUGGAGUACCAGUGCCAGGAGCGGGAGCGAAUCCGCCAGCAAGAAGUGGAAUAUCUCAGAGAGAGACAGGCACUUCAAGAGCUACGUGCUGAGGCAGUGAGACAGCAGGCUGAGGAUGAAGCCUGGUACACACAGCAGGAGCUGCUCCAGCAAGCUGAAGAACAACGUCGAAGAAUCCUGCAAGAAGAAGAAAGCAAACUUGCCCAUCAGAGAACCAGGUUGGCUGCUAUGAAACGAGAGUUAAAGGUGAAAGAGCUCGCACUUCUUGAUGCUGCCAGGAUGCGUUUCCUCAAGCACCAGCAGAAUCAGCGCAAGAUGGAGCUCAGCCGACUGGACGAUGAGAUCCAGAGAAAGAUGGCGCUGCGAGAGCAGGAGACUGCUAUGGCUGUGCAGGAUAUGGAAGUAAGACAAAUGGAGCUGGAUGCACAGAGAAGAUUGUUUGAGCAGCAAUUGGCCAAAGAACAUGAGUGUGUGAGCAAAGAAGUGAGAGCAGAAGUAGAUGCCCGGCGACGAAGAGCUGAGAUGGAAGAUUCAGCUUUUCACAACCUCCUUCAAACAGACAGUGAUCUCGGCCAGGAAACCAGAAGGGUGCUGGAGGAGUCUCUAGCAGAGGCGGGACAACUGGAUGUGGAUGCUGAAUGGCAGACAGAAGUGAUCAGGCGAUUAAAGAUGGCAGAGGAAGAGCAAGAGAAGCAGAGACAGCAGCUGGCCAAACUCAGCCGUGAAACCCAUGCCAAGGAGGAGCAGCUUGUUCAGAUGAUGAUGGAAGUGGAGGGCAAGCAUUGGAAUGAUGUGGUAGCUAAGCAGACCAUGCUGGAUGAGGCAAGGCAGGUAACAACUACUGCAGACGUCCAGCAGAAGUCACUGCUCUCCCAGCAUGUAGACGAGAUCACACAACACCAGAACAUACUGAAGAGGAGUCAAGAAGAGUCUUUGAAUCUGCAGCGGGAAAGGAGGCUUCGCUCUCCCUGCUCUACACGAGGACUUUUGCAAAAGCCAAGUAGUCCACAAGCUGAUACCAAUACUGUCUGCCUGAACAACCAGUCUCCUUCAGAUAACUCCACAUGCUUUUCUCUGGAACGUGGUCGAGGUAGGUUGGACCAUGAGGAGAGGGAGUUGCUGCAGGAGGUCAGGGAGCUCCGCAAGAAGCUGGCAGCCAGAGCUAGAGCUGCAGACUACACCCUGUACUCAGCCAGUUCCCAUCACUCCCAGUGACCAGGCCGGCAGCACCGGGCUAUUGACUUGAGAGUAACAGAUGAAGACAGGGAGUGAGUUUAUUCAGUGACUGGAUCUCUGAUGACUGAAAUAAACCCAGUGCUGCACAACAUGUUUCACAAUUAAUGGUGGUCACUGCUUCAAAAAGAUGUACAUUAAACAGUGCAAGACUAUCAAGUACGAUCAAUUUUAGUAUGGAGUCUUUGCAUGGAACCUGUUAGUUUUAUUAUAAAUUAUUUUUGUAUACAACCUUCAGAUUUGUCUGAGUGGUAAAUAGUGAACCUUUUUCUACAACCCACAUUCCAUAAAAUAGCUCUAAAAAUUGUAUAGUUUAAUUUAUGUAGGAUGCAAAGGCGUUUCUUCUCUUGCAAAUAUACUGUUUCAGUAACCACACUACAACCGUCAGUACAUUAUGUUACAAUUUGUCAAGUUUCUCUUACUUUUUCUCUGUAUGAUAAUUCUUAAUAUAGCUGUUAAAAAAUGAUGGUAUUUUUUUUCAUGCCAUUUCUCCCAUUUUUCAUCCAGAACUUUCCACUAAAUUGAGGGUUUUUUAAAUCAAGAAUGCUAAGAAGUAAGUGGUUAUGUUGUGCAGUAGUUAUGUACCUGCUGUAGAGCUGUUCUUGCACCAAUCUCUUUGGUGCUUAAUUGUGGAUUCUAUUGCUGCAUGUCUAUGCUAUUCUAUGCUGAUUUUAACCCACACCUCCUCAGACUGUGUUUAACUGCAUAUUCAAAAUUGAAAAUAGAGUGAGGGACUUGAUCUGCUAUCUGAAGGAGUAAAGUAUUGUGUGGUAUAAUAAAGAGAAGACUUUUAUUUA